AUGGAAUGGCUUUACAACCAUACUUUUAAAUAUAAAUAUUUUCAAUUUGCCAAGGCCCGAGACUGUGCUGCUUCCUCCUCGCCAGCAGUUCUGAUCGGCCUGGCGAUGUCGCUGGUCCUGUUACUGGUGCUGGCCUACGCCCUGCACAUGCUCAUCUACCUGCGGUACCUGGACCGGCACUACGACUUCAUGGCCUCCCCUGCCCACUUCCCACAGUUGAGAGCGCGGGACGCAGCAGAGGAGAAGGAGCUGCUGAGGGGCCAGGGCGUGGAAUGCCACCAACUGAGAAGCCAGCAGAUGGGCGACAUUUAUGUCUAG